UGAAAUGGACCACUCUCUCUUAAACAACACGAUCUCGCCCCAGGGGAGCAAAAUCACAUCAGGACCACUUAUGAUAUAUUUCUCGUCGUUUAGAAAGCCUUAGCACGCGCAAUCCCGUCCUGGCUUCUUAUGUCGAGUAGAUACCGGCCACUGCUUCCCAACACUACACCAGCAUCGAGUUCAACAGAGGAUAUCUCUUACUUCCAGUCUCAGUCUUCGCUUUCUGGCCUUAUCAAGAUCCCUCGAGCGGGAACUCGCACGGCCUGCGAAUCCUGUCGAAAGAAGAAGAUGCGAUGCAAUGGCGGCAGGCCUAUGUGCAAGCGCUGCAUUGAAACCGCUACAAAUUGCGUCUACCGUACCAAUGAGGAGGAAAAGAGCAUAUCAGCCCUGAAACGGCGCAAUAGCGAGUUGAUGACCGAGUUGGAACAGCUACGUGAGCUAUAUAGUAUGAUACGCUUACGGUCGACUGAGGAGGCACAAGAGAUCUUCAACCGCAUACGGACAAACAGUAACCCCAUUGAAGUCUUGCAGAUGGUCAAGGCCUUAGAACUAUUGCUAUAAGGGACUCAGCCCGAAGAGACAGGCAUGGAGGUACAGGCCAGGCGGGAUUAAACUUCCAAGUAAGGCGAAACACUUUAUC